AUGGCCCUGAAUUUUGGUACUGUUUCUCUUCACCCAAAAGCUCAUUCACUGAAAAUUCGAAAUAGAAAUCAUCCCUUUAAGCUCUAUGAAACUUUUACUCCAUCUCCAUCUUCUUCGAAAGCAGCUGCUUUGUCUGAAGGAACUGAGAGUAGAGUCACUGAUGAAGAAUCCUCUGCUUCCGGAUCUUCAUCUUCUGCUCGAGUGCAACUGGAUCUUUUGGAGCAACUCACUUCUGGCAGCUCCUCUGUUAAUGGUUAUCAGAGUGAUGGUAUCUCUGAUAGACUGACUAUACGUGAUCAACUUGCCAAAUUGGUUGGAGAUCGUGAUGACGAUUUCAGCAUUCCACUGGGUAAAAAUCUGAAGAAGUUUAGUGAUAAAUUCUUAACUAUUUCACAGAGGAGAAAUAUCAAAAGACAAGCUUACAUGAAUGAAGUGUCUCAAAGGAAUGAUUCAGUUUUCUUUGCCACUAUCGGAGCAUUUGUCCUUUUUCCACCUCUCGUCAUUUUAGGAAUUGCUAUUGCAACUGGUUAUGUGCAGCUAUUUCCUUGA